AUGUCGCACUUGAAAGCAUACCUUGCUGAAAAUUACAUGUCGGGACCAAAAGCCGAUGCUAUUCUUUCCCGAACAUCAAAACCGAAGAAGAAAAAGCGCAAGGUCGACUCGGAAAGUACACCUGGCAUUGCCAUGAUUCGCGACGAGGAUGGCGGCUGGGGGGAACAAAACAACGAAGAAAAUGAGGAUUUGUCAGAAGCUGUUAUUGAGAAGGAUAGAGGGUUCAAGAAACGCAAGGUUGUCCAAAUGGAAGCGGAAUCGAGUUGGGUUACUUUGCAACAAGGCACGGGGGCUGCCAUUAAAGAAGAGAGCCCGCCUCCAGCGGCGGACGAGCAACCGCAAGUCGUUGAAACACCGUUUGUUGGUGGGCUCGUGAGCGCUGCGCAGCUGAAGAAAGUCCUUCCUCAAAACCAGAUGGCCAAAUCUGAAGACUUGACGGUCGAUGAAAUUGCGCGUGCUCAAGAAACUAUAUACCGUGAUGCGACCGGCAAGAAAAUCGAUACGAAGGCGGCUAGGGCGGAGGCUGCGCGUCUGAAACGAGAGCGUGAGGAGAAGGAGGCGCAAAAGAUGGAGUGGGGGAAAGGUUUGGUGCAAAGAGAGGAGCAGGAGAAGCGUCGGUUAGAGCUGGAAAGGCAGAGGGGGAAAGCGUUUGCUAGGCAUGCGGAUGACAAGGAUUUGAACGAAGAACUAAAAGCGAAGGAACUUUGGAACGAUCCAGCUGCUGCGUUUCUGACGGUUUGUUUCACGCUUCAACAGUUUCGUUCUUCAGUCCUGAUCAUUUUUCUCUGCUUACAGAAAAAGAAAGCCAAAGGUCCUCGUAAACCACAGUACUCCGGCCCUCCACCCCCGCCGAACCGAUUCGGAAUCAAGCCAGGGUACAGAUGGGACGGUGUUGACCGAGGAAACGGGUUUGAAAAGAAAGUCUUCCAGUCGGCGAACGCUAAGAAACGAUUGGGCGCCGAAAGCUACCAGUGGAGUGCGGAGGAUAUGUGA